UCUAGGAGGCUGGACCUGCCUGACUCUCUCUCUCUCCCCCCCUCUCCCUCUCUCUCUCUCUCUCUCUCUCUCUCUCUCCAGCUCUUCUUCUUUUAUGCCAUUUGCCACAGCGCGUGCCCACUCGCCGUACACUUGCUGCGUUCAGCUGACUGUUUUUUUCAUGUAUUGGUUUAAUUACUAUCUAGCUUGUCCGGCGCGAUGAACGAGAUGAUCGACGAGACUGAUAUUAUCAAUAAUAUUAUCAAUAACACGAUCAGUUCCCUCUCCACGUAUUAAACUGGUUUGGAGCAGAGUUUACUGGACGGUUCUACAGCGUUUGCGUUACGAGACUUGACGACGGCCCGCGACCUAAAAGCACCUUCGAAGCCCCCUCUUCUGGAGCCACCAUGCCCGAGACAACGCCGGAGACGCGCGCCUCGGCCAAAGACUCUCCGUUCUCCAUCAAAAACCUGCUGAACUGUGACAGCAAGCCGGCCAAGCCCAAGCCCAUGCUGGCCACGGUCAAGCAGGCAGCACUGGACGGUGGCAUCUCGCUUUCCCACGUCGGGGACUUCGGCUUCCCGCGUUUCGAGCUGCACAACCAGAGGCUCGCGCUGCCCGCCUACCUGGAGCGCGCGUCCGCCUGGUGGUACCCGUACACGCUGAGCGCGGCCGCACAGCUCCACAGGACGGAAGAGAAAGGGAGCGCGCGCGCCUGCUCUCCCUCGUCCGACCGCGUCUCUCCAGAGCUCGUGCUCAAAGCCGAGACGGACGCUAAAGACGUGGAGGAAGAGGAGGACGAGGACGAAGCGAAGAGCGGCGAUGAGAUAGUGCUGGAGGAGAGCGACACGGAGGACGGGAAGAAGGAGGUGAGCGGAGGAGGAACAGGAGGAGGAGGAGGAGAAGAAUGGAAGAAAAGCGAGGCGGACGGCGGCGCGUGCGACAAGAAGCCGUGCCGCAAGAAGAAGACGCGCACGGUGUUCUCGCGCAGCCAGGUCUUCCAGCUCGAGUCCACAUUCGACGUGAAGCGCUACCUGAGCAGCUCGGAGCGCGCGGGCCUCGCCGCCUCGCUGCACCUGACCGAGACGCAGGUCAAGAUCUGGUUCCAGAACAGGCGCAACAAGUGGAAGCGGCAGCUCGCGGCUGAGCUGGAGGCGGCCAACCUGAGCCACGCGGCGGCGCAGCGCAUCGUGCGCGUGCCUAUCCUCUACCACGAGAGCGCGGCGGCGGCGGCGGCGGCAGCGGCGGCGGCGGCGGCGGAGAGCGCGAGCGCGCCUGGGAGCGCGCCCUCCAGCCAACCGCUGCUCACCUUCCCUCACCCGGCCUACUACUCCCACCACCCGGUGGUCACCUCCGUGCCCCUCCUCAGGCCGGUGUGAGGGGCCCUCAGACUGCUUUUAUCAUUUUUAUUCUCAAUUUUGUAACUCGGUACGUUACAAAGACUGCGUUUAAAAAAUAAACAAACAAACAAACAAAAAAAAAAACGAAAUAAA